AUGGAAUAUGUCAAGGACCUCGCCGCUCGGUUCGGCAGCCUCCUCUUCGAUUCGGCUUCCUCAGACCUCACGCUGAUCGUCGAAGGCGAAGCUCUACCAGUCCACAGGAUCAUAUUGGCUACUUCGUGCGAUUAUUUUUGGGCCCUCUUCUGUGGGCGUAUGAUGGAGUCAAGGCAAUCACGGAUCAUCCUGCAGGACAUCUCCUUACGCGGCUUCAAACACCUGAUGCGAUACGUCUACACCGGGGAUCUCGAUUUGGAAAACCUGGAAUCAGGCAUUAUCCUCGAAGUUCUUGGGCUCGCGAACCUCUACGGAUUCAAUGUCUUACACGAUGUUCUCGUCGAGCACAUCCGAAAGAAUUUGUCACUCGCCAAUAUCGUUAUCAUGAGCAACGAGGCCAACUGUCUACAACACGACCAGCUGAUCGAUAUUUGUAAUCAGUUCAUGGACGAAAAUCCAGAUGAGAUUCUCAAACGCGAAAUUUUCAACCUGCUCUCGAUCGAAACGUUGUACGGACUGCUAUCAAGGAGUUCCUUUUACGCUGAAGAAAUCGAAAUUUUCGAAGCUCUCAGAGAGUGGUGCUCCAGGGAACCUCAACUGCAGGGACCACAUGUUGGGAUAAUGGAAACACUCCGACUCGAACUCAUAGAGACCGAAGAUCUCGUGAACAUCGUCGGAGAAUCAGGUCUGGUCUCGAAGGAAAGUAUUUCCGAGGCAAUUCAAAUGAAGAGGAGCGGUGCCGCGGAGCUCCGCCAUAGGGGAAUUCUGAAGUCCGGCGAGAACUUCGCGACCGACGAGAACGGCGCCUCUAGGCUGAGAGAGAUUCCUUCCGAAUGCAUCGUCACACCCAGAGCUUGCACGGCCUACGACCGCGAUUCGAUGCCGCCGCUCAAUACCGACUUGAUGGUCCGCUUCGAGGAAGGCUUGGUAGUCGCGCUGCGGAAGCCGUUCUUCAUCAACAAGAUUUCAUUCAAGUUGAGAGACGACGGUCUGAAUCUCUACUCCUAUUACGUGGAAGUUUCGGUCAAUCUCGUCGACUGGGUCCGGAUAGUCGACCAUUCCAAGUAUCUCUGUCGGUCAUAUCAGAAGCUAUUCUUUGAGCCUCGCGUAGUCCGCUAUAUCCGAGUCAUCUUCACGAAGUGUUUCGACAAUAAGAUUGCUCACCUGAGGAGAUUCAAGGCCUCCCGGAGCAAAAAGGAGAUCACGCUCAGCCAUGGAUUCCACGCACCCGAGAAGGAUGUCGCUUCCAGGGGCUCAGUCAUAGCGUGUGACGCCGGAGACGACGCCAUGAUCAGGGAUCCGCCGGGAUGGACCUGGCAUAUAAUCGGCAGAAACUCAACGACGAUUCGCUUGUCCCAACCAUUCGCAUUGAAUCGCAUCGAGAUGCUGUUAGCCGGUGGAGACGCGCGGCAAUAUUCCUACUAUGUCGAAACGUCCCUGGACAAGGAACAUUGGACCCGGGUGGUGGACCGCACCGCUGAAGAUUGUCGCGGCUGGCAAACUCUGAGCUUUGAAAUGCUCCCGAUGAUCUACAUCAGGAUCGUCGGCACUGCAUCGACUUGCGGCCGGUUCUUCAGCUGUACCAGAUUUUCGUGCUAUGCAGAGCUCAACCCAACUACUGCCCACGAAAAUCAGGAGAGAUCCGGAGCUGUUUCCGCAUUUUGA